AAAUUUGACGUGUGACAUUUGACUAAAAUUGACUUUGACACACGAAUGAAAUAGAAUUUUGUUGUGUCAUUUUUGAUUUUAUUCAGAAAGUAACAAAAGUUUACCUAAAAUGCCGAUUGAAAAUUUGGAAGAUCAAGGUUUAGAAAAGAACCCAGACCUAGAGCUGCCUCACUACAAGUUUCUCCUAACGCUCCCGGAAUAUCGCAGCGACCGGAAUGUCCAUUCGAAGAUCACAGAGGCCAUCAAGAAGGAUGAUAUGGCCCCAUGGUAUGAGCUCCUUUGCAAAGAAGUAGGCUGGAAGUUAGACGCCGCCUUGCUGAAGACCCUCAAAGCCAAGAACGCCGAAAAGGUCAAGCUUCUGGACGAGGCCAUCGAAGAUGCGGAGAAGAACUUGGGAGAGAUGGAGGUGCGGGAGGCUUAUUUGCGUAAAGCGGAGUUUUACAGCAGAAUCGGCGACAAAGAGAACGCCGUGAGCACUUUCAGGCAGACCUACGAUAAAACAGUGUCUUUGGGCCACCGUUUGGACAUCAUUUUCCACUUAAUCAGAAUAGGCUUGUUCUUCAUGGACCACGACCUUAUCACGAGGAAUAUCGACAAAGCGAAGACCCUUAUCGAAGAAGGAGGCGAUUGGGACCGGAGGAACCGAUUAAAAGUCUACCAAGGUGCUUACUGCAUGUCGGUGAGAGACUUCAAAACUGCCGCUAACCUAUUUUUGGACACCGUGAGCACCUUCACCUCCUACGAGCUCAUGGACUACAAGGCUUUUGUCAGAUACGCCGUCUACACCUCCAUAAUCAGCCUGCCGCGGAACCAACUUAGAGAUAAAGUAAUAAAAGGCUCGGAGAUACUUGAGGUCCUUCAUUCCGAGCCGUUCGUUAAAGACUACCUGUUCUCGUUGUACAACUGCCAGUACGCCGAGUUCUUCUCGAAUUUGGCAGAGGUCGAGACGAUCCUGAGGAAGGACUACUUCAUGAAUCCCCAUUACCGGUAUUACGUCAGGGAAAUGAAGAUUUCGGCCUACACGCAGCUGCUGGAGUCCUAUCGAUCGCUCACGUUGCAAUACAUGGCGGAAGCUUUCGGGGUUACCAUCGAGUACAUCGAUAAGGAGUUGUCGACUUUCAUCGCUGCUGGAAGGCUGCAUUGCAAAAUCGAUCGGGUCGGAGGCAUCGUGGAGACUAACAGGCCGGAUUUGAAGAAUGCCCAGUUCAAUUCCGUCGUGAAACAAGGGGAUUUGUUGCUUAAUCGAGUUCAGAAACUCUCCAGAGUUAUUAAUAUUUAGAUUACUUCUCGUAUUUAUGUAUUUUUUAGAAGUGAAUAAAUGUAAAAUAUUUAGUUGGGUUCUUAUUUAUAAUUUUUUAUAUAUUUUUUUAAUUAAUCGAUUUGUAAUUUGUAGUAAAAUAAUAAAGUAAUAAUAGUAUUUUACAGUAUAAA